CGAACGUGUACGACUUUUCUAAAAAUUCUAAAUUUUUUUUAUUACUUACACAAAAAUGCCUUCGUGCGUGAUAGAAUUGAGAUGUGAUCGGCGCCUUCUAGACCAUGAAUUUGAAGGUUACAAGUUAAAUUUGCAAGCUUUACCGCAACAUAAACUCGAUCUCAUUUCAUCGGUAGAUAAAGUUUACCCCGACGAUAUUCAAUACUCUUUCAUUCAUGCGAGAUUAUUCGCUCUUCAUAAUCAUUUAAUAGUCGACAAAUGGGAUCCUAGAUUCAGUUUUUAUUACGUGGACAAACAGCAGCAGAUCCGAAACGUGACAUUUGAAAACAUAAACAACACUUUCCAAAGUGGGGUCGUCUACACCAUCACAAACAUCGAACGGAGGCCGGGACAUUUUAACAUCGGCGUUAUAUUCCCUUCGCCAAACUUGGUUGUUAUCACCGAUGGUACAGGCUACUUGCAUAUAGUGAGCACGGGCGCACGAAAUGGAAGCGUCAGUGAGUCUUGGAAGACAUUACAUUCUACACUAGCACUAGGUGAAAACAAGUGUUACACUAUUUUAGAUUCAAGAUUGCAGGAAAAUAAUGAAGUUGAGUUCCUCCACUGCCUGCUUCAAUCCGUUGAGCAGACAGAUAAACAAUUCAAUUCUGUCCUAUCUUGGGUCACUUUCUCAAAUGAUGGGAUCCAAUGGAGGCAAUCUUUACUCAGGCAAGUACAAGGCAAAGGUAUAGUACACUAUGGUGCCCUAGAGACAGACUGCACGGCCUUGUAUGUUGCCUCCAACAACAUGUUCAAGGUGACCCAUGAUUCUGAGAAAGAAAUUGUUGUUAAAACACCGGAAGCACCCACACAAAUAAUAUACACGUGGAUGCAGACUACAGAAGACAUUUCCAUAACAUUAAAAUUGGAGAAUAAAUUUAAUAAGAAACAUCUUAUUGUAUCUGUGACACCAUUAACUAUAAAAGUUACAUAUGCAGGCAAAGAUUAUGUAAAUGGAAAACUUAAGCAUAGCGUGGAUAGUGAACUUACAACUUGGAACAUACAAGAGAAUGGGCAGGUAGAUAUUUUAAUUACAAAGUCUGAGAGCAAACUUUGGGACGAGCUGAUUGAAAAUGGUGAUAAAACCGGUGAGCAAAUCCUGGAUCCCAGUCUAAUUGCCCAAGUCCAUGAGAGAUUGUCACACUUGUGCUCUGAAACAGAAGUGACAGACAAUGAUCAGUCCCUGACCGGAUUCAAUGCGGCUGAACUAGAGGAGUGUGAUGCUGCUUCAGAAGAAGAUACUGUUCUUACUCGGAUCGAUAUAAUAAAGCAUGAAGUGACACAUCGGAUACCACUGAGUGUGAAUCAAUAUCUCUUCCACAUUAAUCUGGAGCCACACCAAGCACCAGCCCUAUGUCUGAGACAUGAUGUAGACGCAUGCAUUUGGCAGCCAUACGCUCAACUCAUCAACACAGAAACUUGGCCAGUAAAGCACAUAGGCACACUGUUGGCCUUUGGUUAUGUGCAGUCAUCCAAACAAAAUCGUAAAUUCACUGCCUGCUCCCCAAAUUUCUCAUACAGUGUUGUCUGCGAAGCUUCCAGACACAUCUUUAUUUACCGACACAGUGGCAAUCGGGACUGUCAAUUGCGACGAAGGACCGGUGGACAGAUGCAGCAAGUAAAAGUGGGCAUGCAGCAUGUUGUUAACAUAGACUCAUACGGUGAAGUUUUGGGAGUAGAAGCUACUAAUGAAUACUUAUUUAUUCUGACUGAAAACACAUUGCUAGUAAUAGGAAUACAUUAAGAAUAAAAUAAAAUUAAAAUUCUCA